GUCGGCUUCGGCUCUUGCAAAAAGCCUCCCACUCCCGUCAACCACGCCGCACGAGCCCGUGGGCGACCUCCCUUUUCCUCGACCCUAUCUUGGCAUGCAUUCUGCUCGAGCUCCAUCAUAUCCGAAGCAUCCGCAGCAAUCCCAUCCGCUCCCCGUUGAUCCUACGAGACUCCUCUGAUCCCGCCACCUCCUACUCGCGUCUCAUCCCUUGCUCAGCCAGAGCCCCAGCCAACCACCAAGUUUCACAUGAAGUUUGCCAAGAAGUACGCGACGUACAUGAAGGGGAUGGAGGCGGAGCUCCCCGCCGUGGGGCUCAAGCGCCUCAAGAAGAUGCUCAAGAAAUGCCGCUCCCAUGACGGUGCCGCCGCUGGCUCCCCCGCCGCCGCCGACCGCUGCCCCGGGCAUUGCUCUGUGUGCGAUGGGAGUUUCUUUCCAUCUCUUCUGAAUGAGAUGUCGGCUGUUGUCGGUUGCUUCAACGAAAAGGCCAAGAAGCUGCUGGAAUUGCACCUGGCGUCAGGCUUCAAAAAAUACGCCAUGUGGUUCACCAGCAAGGGUGACGAGAGCCAUGGAAAAUUGAUACAGCAAGGCAAAGACUUGGUUACGUAUGCAAUUAUAAAUGCCGUGGCCAUGAGGAAGAUUUUGAAGAAGUAUGACAAGAUACAUUACUCAAAGCAAGGGCAAGAAUUCAAAGCUCAAGCUCAGAGUCUGCACAUUGAGAUACUUCAAUCCCCAUGGCUCUGUGAGCUGAUGGCAUUCUACAUGAACUUGAGAAGGAGCAAGAAGAACAAGGCUGCAAUUGAGCUCUUCAGUGACUGUUCCCUCAUAUUCGAUGAUGACAGACCAACGCUCUCAUGCAAUCUCUUUGACUCUAUGCAUGUUGACAUUAGCUUGACAUGUUCCAUUUGCUUGGACACGGUGUUCGAUCCAGUCUCUCUUUCUUGUGGUCACAUAUUUUGCUACUUGUGCUGCUGUUCUGCUGCAUCUGUGACCAUUGUUGAUGGGCUAAAGUCCGCAAAUCACAAAUCAAAAUGUCCCCUAUGCCGACAGCAAGGGGUCUUUCCUGAUGCUGUGCACCUGGAUGAACUCAAUAUGCUACUGAGCCAUAGUUGUCCAGAGUACUGGGAGAAGAGGACGCAAUCAGAGCGAGUUGAGCGUGUUCGCCUGGCUAAGGAGCAUUGGGAGUCACAGUGCAGAGCAUUCUUGGGCAUCUAGAUAGUGAGUUUCUACCAGUGGAAACUUGGUUCAAUUUGUCAAGAUUUUUGUCGGUAGAUCAUGCUUUGCCACAACUCUUUUGGUAAUAAAGUUGGAUCUAACCUCUGUUGAUAGAAUUUACCUGUAAGCAGUUCACUUUUGUGCUCCUAGCUUGGCUGCAGAAAGAGAGCAACUGUAGUGGCUGUUCAAGUGUAAUUGCAUGUGUUUACAUGUAACCCUCUUGAUUCACCUUUGUGAUUUUAUCCUAAAAGUA